GUGUCGCGUACAGAGUGUGUCAGUUGUCGUGCCGUGCCCCAUGUAUGACGGCAGAACUCUGAUGGGUGAUAACCAUGACUGAGAACAUAGACGUCUCGACUACUACUUCAGAAGUCGAAGCUGAAACUACAGACGCGGCAGCUGAAGUGCUGCAAGACCUUGCAGGCGGUCACAGAUGCCUCUCCUGCAAUUCGGAUUUCGAGAGUAAUGAUCAACUGGUGGAGCACAGCGUUGCCUGUCUGGAGACAUCUAGGACACUUCCUGUGGCAUCAGGUGCAACUGCUACUGAUAACGAGCCAGAUGAGGAAUUACUAUCUGGUUUUGGAAACAGUUGCAUUGUUUGCGGUGCUGCCUUCAAAUCUUGGAUUCAACUACGGAGGCACAUGACAUCGCACGACCCGGUUCCCCAUAAUACCAAGUGGUUCAGUCGCUGUCGCUUGGCGAACGGCACCAUACGGUGUCGUAUCUGCGGCAAACUCCAGAGAAACAUGAUCGGUCUUCGCCGCCACUACUUCAGUCACGUGAAUGCUCAGAUCUUCAGUUGUCCAAAGUGUCCAGGCACCUACAAGACAAGCCGAGCUGUCGUUAACCACUUCAGGACUGUCCACUUUCCAAGAUACAAAUGCGGUCAGUGCAACUUCGUGACUGGCUACAACAAAGUUUUUCGUAGUCACGAACUAAAACAUUCCGGGAUCACCUCUAAAGAACGCUGUGAAGCUUGCUUGAAGUUCUUCGAAAAGAGUGCACUUGUAAUUCACUAUUAUCAACAUACGGGAGAGAAAACCCAUCCGUGCCAACAGUGCGACUCCGGCUUUGUCACCGCCUCAAGACUAAACCAGCAUGUUCGAGAUGUACAUGGGAGCAAAAAACGUAUGUCUGACCAUACGGGACCCAAGACACGUCGAGCACAGGCAUAUACAGAGGCUGUUGGUGACGACGGUCUACCAGGAUUGGAUAAUCGAUGCAUCGUCUGUGGCGAAACAUUCCCCAUGUGGAAUUUACUGCGGAUACACAUGGCAACACACGAUCCGGCUCCCCAGGAUUCGAGGCUGUUGAAGAAGUGCCGCUUGGAGGACGGGACCAUCCAGUGCCUUGUCUGCGGCAAAUUUCAAGGAGACAUGGCCCGGCUUCGCAGACAUUACGCGUGUCACACAAAUGAUCGCAUCUUCGCAUGUCCAAAGUGUCCAUGUGCUCAGAAGACAAGCCUGCUUUUCAUCGAGCACUUUAGGAGGGCCCACACUGCGUUCGCGCAGACUUAUAAAUGUAAUCAGUGCAAAUACACGACUAUGCACGCGCAAAAUUUACGCAGGCAUAAAUCAAAACAUGCCGGUACAAACAAAGAACGAUGUGAAGCUUGUUUCAAAUUCAUCUCAAAGUACAAGCUAUUGGAUCACUAUUACCGACAUACGGGUGAGAAACGAUAUGCGUGCCCUCAGUGCAUCUUGGACUUUGUCACCACGACAGAGCUACAGAGCCAUAUCCGCCUUGUGCAUGAGGACGAGAAAAGUGCUUCUAGCCAUACGGGACUCAAGAGACGACGAGUACGGAUACGCAGAGAGGAUUUUACGGACGACGGUUUACCUGGUUUGAAUAAUCAGUGCAUCGUCUGCGGCGAAAAAUUCCCCCUGUGGCAAUUACUGCGGGUGCACAUGGCAACACACAAUCCUGUUCCUGACGACUCCAGAUUGCUGACCGAUUGCCGCUUGCCGGACGGGACCAUCCAGUGCCUCGUCUGCGGUAAAAUCCAAGGAAGCAUGGCCGAACUUCGCUUGCAUUAUGCGAGUCACGCAAAUGCUCGCAUCUUCAAGUGUCCAAAGUGUCCGCGUGCCCUGAAGACAAGCUUGAGUUUCCUCACGCACUUCAGGACAGUCCACACUACGCUGGCCCAGGUUUAUAAAUGUAACCACUGCGACUUCAAGACUAUCUACGGCCGUCAUCAAUUACGUAUUCAUGAGUUAAAACAUUCCCUAAUUCAUCAAAAAGAGCGGUGUGAAGUCUGCUUCAAGCUCCUGAGACAAGACCAACUUUUACUUCACUAUUAUCGGCAUACGGACGAGAAAGCGCAUGCAUGCCACCAGUGCAGUUCCCGCUUCGUCUUGGCCUCACGCCUGAAAAACCAUAUCACCAAUGUGCAUGAGCGUAGGACACUUGCUUCUCACAAUGAGAAACCCUAGAGGCGUGCACAGGUUAGGCUUAUCAAUUCACUGCUGCUCGGAGCUGGGAGCUCUGUUUUUGUUGUUGUUGUUUUGUAUGUGCAUGUUUAGAACGCGAUCAUUAUUUCUUCUUCAUUUCCCUCUCUCCUGCUUUGAACCUCCUCCUCUCUCUCUCGUUUUGUAUUCUCCCUGUUAGUACAACGAGCAGUAAAUAGCAUCUUUAUUUCCUUGUUUCUUUCUUGCCUCCCCUUCUUGUCUCCCUCUCUCUUUCGUGUUACAUUCUACCUGCUAAUAAGACGAGAAGAAGAUAGGAAUAGUUGAACUACUCAGAAAAUACGAGAAUACCCAUUUCAAAUUACGCAUAAUGGUUUGUAAUGCAGGCGCACAACGACAAUGACUCCUGGUGUAAAGCUAUCACUUAUUCUUGUUGUACUUGCUUCAGAAUUUGGAGAUACAGAUAUUAACAAGAAGAGAUGCAGAGAAACUCUUUCAUUAAAUGGAAAAC